AUGCGUUGCAAGGACUCUGGUCCAGCCACCAUUGUCGAAUGGUUUGCAGGGACCAGUGCCGCAUCUGUAGCUCGCAGAAAACGGCGACAAGCACGUCAACAAGCCGUCGAAGCCCGUAGCCUCUUCCGCCUCGAGGUGACGACCGAUGACGAGUUUGGAGAAGACACAGUCCAUGUGACAUACCCACGCACAGGAGGUGGUCGCCGGUGCGCAUCGCAGCCAGAGCCCGUAGCAGAACCGGAACCGGAACCAGCCCCUGAAGCCGCGUCUGAUUCAGCUGCCGAGGAAGCUACUGUCAAGAAGGUUCGCUUCGAGCAAAGCGAGCCGAGAAAGUCUGCUCUCAAGAAGACCAAGCAGCACACUACUACUACCACCACCACGACAGUCACUACCGAAUCCUCCGAGGCCGAAUCUGAGUCGCAGUCAGAGUCAGUCGCCGGAGAGUCAUCUGCACAGGGGAGCUCCGAGGAGUCGGAGCCUGUCAAGCCUGCGAAGAAGGUGAAGAAAUCCCGGAAAGCGAAGGCUGCUGAAAAAGACAACACGAGUGAAUCUGAAGCGUGCGAUUGCGAGGUGUGCACCAACAAGAGACGAAAGGCUCGAAAAGCCUCCAAAGGAAAGAAACAGCCAGACACCUCCGACUCCGAGGCGAGUUCUGGCUCCAAGGGCAAGAAGAGCAAAAAGAAGAAGAAGAAGAAGAAGACUGAGACACCCGAGACAUCUGAGUCUGAAGCGGAGAUACUUCCCAAGUCAAAGAAGGUGGGCAAGAAAGCGAAGAAGGUCAAGAAGGUGGAGGAGCCCGAUUCUGGGGACGAGACCGAAACAACCACAGGCGAGGAGACGGAAGAGGAGCCAGAGUCUCCGCCCAAGAAGAAAAAGACCAAGGCAAAGCAGAAGAAGAAGUCCGACCAGCAAGCGAAACCUCAGAAAGAUGCCGAAAAAUCUAGUGGGCAACCCGAACCCAACUCCUCGAAGCGGAGGGACGAGAGGGCGAGCAACUAUCCCGAAGCCAACAGCAGGCCGGCGCCGAACCCACGUCGACCUCACUAUAUCGAGCCAAUCCGUGCUGAGACAGUGCAGACUGAGAAAGUCCUUGAAGGCCCCGAGGACCCGCGCCCAAAUGCCUACUAUGAUCCUCAACACAACGUGCUUCGUGUGUACCACGGACCCGUCUGGGGCUCUCGAGGUGAACAAGCGCUGUACCCUGAACGUGAUCAGUCGGUGAGACCUCCGCCUGUUGGCGUACCUCAUCCCCUACAUAAUCCGUACGAGUACGGGUUCAGGGGCAACCCAUACGACCAUCACCCGCCAUACGGGCUGUCAUCUGAGGAGCGCUAUGGACGUCACGCUCCUCUCUAUGGACCGCCUCCAAACCUCUACAAUGAUCGGCGCCAGGGCCCUUAUCACAACCCAGCCAUGCCAGGUGGCUAUCCACCAUUCGAGCGUAGACCAUCUGGUAUGAACAAGGGUGCCUUUGCUGACAUGGCGGGCGCCAACGGUCCAGGCAACAGCCCAGCGAAGACAAAGUCCGCCACCAACAACGUCGGCCCAGGUAGCGUCAAGGUAAGAACAGUUCCCGGCUGUGCGCCUGAUGUCCAUGCUAACGGCAAGCAGGAGGGCCAAGGUGACAAGAACUCAUACUACAAAGCCGCAAAGUCCAAGUUCGCGACAUGGAGUGGUCGCCAGUCAUCCAACGCCAGCCAUAAAUCCAACAAUACCAACAACAACAAGGCCGCCGACGGAUGGGGUCAACCGGCGGAUAACAACAGCAACAAGGGCGAGACGGCUUGGCCUGAGACUAACGACGCCGCUGCGAACGACACCGCCUGGACCACCAACGAUGCCGCUGAUAACACCGCCUGGAACACUAACGACAAUCAACCCAGUAACGGUGCCGAGGGGGAGAAGGGCAACGACGACUGGGGAACUACACAGAACGCAGCGGGCGGGUCUGCAUGGGGGAGCAACGCGCAAAACUCGGCUGCAGGCCAGGAGGAAAACAACAUCGGACCUGGAGCCACGAACAUGCCAGGAUCCUGGGAUGAUACGAAUGCAGAUGCUACUGCCCCUCCCUGGGGCGACGUGACGGCGGCGGCGAAUACUGGUGGCCUCGCGGAUAAAGAGGAGGUGAGCAACGUGCUGCCCAGUGGAGGGUGGUAG